AUUUUCAUUUGGUAUUAAAAUGUUUACAUACUAUUCGCUUCUCAACGUAACAAAUUACUAAUUAAUGAUAAUUUUAAGCUUUAUUUGUUGUGAUGGCUAUAUUCGAAAGCUCUUCUCAAAGCAAAAUACGAAUAGAUGAUACAGAGAGGCUCGAAUGUGCGUUGGAAAAUGCGCAGAACAUUAACAAACACACUGAGUAUGUAUUACGUGUUCAGCGUGGGCCAAAUAAGGAGAACAGAUGGACGGUAUCACGCCGAUACAGGGAUUUUGCUGCGUUGCACGUAUCACUCCAGCAUGCGAACAUAGAUCUGCCUAUUCCACCAAAGAAACUUAUAGGGAAUAUGCAACCUUCUUUCGUGGCUGAACGACAAGUAGCUUUGCAGAAUUAUAUAAAUGAAGUGCUAAAACAUCAAGUAUUAGCUCUUUCAUUACCAGUGAGGAGUUUUCUGGACCCUAGUAAUUACCCUUUGACUAUAGCAGAACAGGCACUCCAGACUAUGUCUAUAGCUUUGAGAGGGGAUGGACACUAUGAGCUGAAAGCAGCACUGCCAGAUAUAGGAUGGAGGAUACGUAAACAUUAUUUUUUAGUCAAUGAGUCAGUAAGUCAAACAAAUUGUUUACUGUCAUGGCAGAGCUAUGGACCAGAUUAUACAUUAAACAGCAAGGACUUACAGACAGCUUUCAAGAGUCUCCAGAACAUAUCUCAUCCAUAUAUAGACGAAAUAUUAUCUAUGCAGACAUUAGAGACGGGAGCAUAUGUAGUUAGAAGGAUACACGAAAAGGGGAGCAUAAGAGAUUUAUUAUAUGGAACUGAAUAUAACAAACAGUAUUUAGCCAAGUAUGGAAAUCCUAGAAUAAGGAAACCUUUCACGAACGGACAAAUGUCACAUUAUGGAUACCAAAUAUUGCAAGCAUUGAAGUUUUUACAUGACAAAGGGUUGGCACAUGGUCACAUCCACCCAGGAAAUAUAGCAAUAGAAAACCAAAGAGCCGUCCUAAUGGACAUCGAGAACUACCUGAUGGGUGUGCCGAACCUGCACCGGCCACACCUGCUGCAGCUGAAGAGGACCAGCUCAGUGGAGGCGGUCGACGUGUACUGCUUCGGUAGGACGCUGUACGAGAUGGCCUUCGCCGAACCGCUCGAAUCUUACUAUUGUGAUGUGUAUCCUGAUGGAAUCUCACCAGAUUUAGAAUCUGUGCUCAGACUAUGUCUAUCCAGCAUAAGCUGCAAGCACGGCGGGCCCACCAUAGAGCAGCUGCUGACGCAUCCGUUCUUCACGCACGCAACGCUCAACGGGCUGGCGACCCGACCUGACGCCAGGCUCCAUCUCAAGUUCCCUCUCACACUCAAAGACCAGCUCAGAGCUUGCGCCAGCACCAUGGAGGAGAGACUUAGGAAAGAUCAGAAACUGGUACGGAGUGCUAAAAAAGAAGUAAGAAUACAGGAAAUUCUCAAUUCAGAACAGGAGAUGAAGAAACAAAGGAAAAGGGCGAAAAAACGCGACAGCGUGUGGAAGUCAAGCUCUUCUCUGGCCGAGGUCCACUCUCACAGCGCGAGCACCGCAUCGUCGCCCACGCCGCCCACGCCUCCCCUAUCGGGCGACACUAGCGCCAACAGUUCGUGCGCGGCGGGCAGCAGUCCAGCAGACGCGCGCGGUGCUUUGCUCAGCGCUAUCUGCUCCUUCGACCGCACGCGGCUCGCGCGCGUUUCUUAACACGUUCGCUGCGGUACGAGGUCAAUUGACCUCGUACUUGUAGCGUCUUCAAGAGUUACGAGGUCGAUGGGACCUCGUACCACACCACAUAAAGUUUUAGUAUGGGGUCAAAAAACCUCGUACCGCAUCAGAGGGGAGUACAGAAAUAUCAGUGCCGCAGCGAUCGUGUUAACCCGCCAAUGCACGAACGCUGUGGGAAGCAGCGAGGGAAGCAGGUAGAGAUGAAAUAUCUGGCGCAGUUGGUAGUGUUGUUCUCAACUAGGAUCAAUUUAGGACUUUAUAUUUAUUUACAAUUUUACGGUGACAUAUACAUUGCAUAGCAUUAUGGUCUCUUAAAACCUUCCCAUUCCAAAAGUUUCCCAAAUGGGUAUAAAUGAGAUUAUAAAAGAAAAAGAUAUAAUACAUUUAUUUAUAAGUAUUAUUAUAAGUGUGAGUGUGUCAUUUGCACGUGGAUGUUUAAUUGAUACAUAUUAUAGCGUAUGUAUGCAUAUAAUAUAUAGAGUCGCAGCAGCGUGGUGGGUCUAUGCUCCAUAUCUCCUCUUCUAUAAAGGAGGCUAGCAGUAUAAUUCACUAACUUCGACGUAUGUUAGUCGACAUUGAGAUUCUAUGUAACAAAUGUCAUCCGGUGCCGACUGACAACCCUCAAUGGAUAUCAUACAGUAGAUAGAUGACUAUUGUCAGUUUUUAUUUAUUCAAUAUUAAGAGCGCGCAGCGUGUCGGUACGAUAUGGAUAAAAUUCGAAGCGCAAACGAGACGCCGAAUUAUGACUUUCACGUGAGUGAAAAGCACGGAGCGAUUGACGCGCGACGCAAAAUUUAUGACGUGAGCGCCAAAACCAUUUUUACCUAAUUGCAAGUAAAUUAAACAACAUAACGAAAUACAAAAUGGCCAUGUUCAAGAUAUAUACCUAAUUUUCUAUACAAAACAAAAGUUUAAGAAAAUAAGUUUGCUUUUCCUGAGAUUGAAAGCAAAAUGUGAGCAAAACAAUCAUGUAUUUUUCAAAAAAAUAAACUAUCGAGAAAUGUUUUACAAAUUGUGUAUUUUGUAUAGUAUAUGACUAUAAGCUAACACUUUGAAAUAUCAUUUACCCAAAUAUCAGGCUCCUAACUUUUCCAGAAUCUGAGAUCCAGAAACAUUGGUAACCACCAAAUUACAUUUUGCACACUCCAAGAAAAAAUAACUACUUAGCUAUAUCCAAUACAUAAAUGUGUCAGUUCUAUAUGUACAUAUAGAAGAAAAGAAAAAAAAGAAAAAAAAAUUAGUCAUGAUUCACUAGAAAUAAGAAAUACUGUAAAUAAUACAUUAACCCACGCUUUUAAAAAUCAUAUUAGUAUUCACCGAUUAUGUGUAAACAAAUAAAUAUAUAUCUUUCUUGUGGGGUGGGUAAUGUACUUCUAUGCUAUGUAGAUAGUAUUGUUUACAUUAUAAUUAGGUAACACUGAGAAUAAUAAAUCGCCUAUGCUGGUUUAAUAGAUCUUAUAUUAAAGAUAUUAUAACUAAAUAUAUAAGGAAAUAUAUAUAUAAUAUUAUAACUACCUAAUUUUAUCAUAUUAUAGUAUAAUAUAAGACUAUUCAUAUGUACUAUACAUAUAUCAUAUAUCUAAAACAUAUAUAAUAUAUCUAUAAGAUAUAUAUCUAUAAGACUAUACCUAAAAUGUGAACAAAUUAGGAUUGUAAUAAUUAAUUAAAUAAACUUUAAACCUUAUAGAGGUACCUACUAAGUUACAAUGCUAUCAGACAAAUUUAAUAAAAAUACCUCAUUUAAUAAGUCUGACCAAACAUUUUUCUUGAAUCUAUAUAGUUUAUCUUCUAUUUCGGUCCAAAAAUAAUACAAAUUGUCUUUACUUUAAGCAUGUAUUUAAAUAUAUAUGUUUGACAAAGUUGUUUGUCAAACAUUUUCGCUCAAACACUUCGAACCACAGACAAUCAAUAUGUUUGACAAACAUGUUUGAUUUGAAAAGUUUGUUCGUUUAUGGAGUCUUUAACUUUUAAUGUAAAUACAGAAAUUAGUUUUUUUAUUUGUAAUAUAUAUACUAUCCAUGUGCAUAAGGCUUUAUAAAAGUAUAAAAAGAUCUUUUAACUGAAUACAUCAUAAUGUAGUUAUACCAUAAAUUGGAUCAAUCACUAAAUAAUGUUUAUAUUAUUGUAAAGUAUUCUAUUGUUAUAAGACAAAAAAAGUGAUAAAAACGACUGGUCACUCGAUGCUUUAUUGGUUUGUUAUGAUUUGGUAUGAAAUAUUGUUUAGCAGCUUUAACGUGUAGUUUAUAAGGUACAUACAUUAUUUUAAUAUAACUAUUGUUGUACUAUAAGAGAAUAAUAUAUAGUUGCGUCAA